AUGUCGGCUGUGAUGAUAACGCGGAAGGUCUCUCGAAAAUGGGAGAAAUUACCUGGGAAAAACACCUUCUGCUGCGAUGGACGGGUUAUGAUGGCUAGGCAGAAAGGAGUAUUUUACCUGACCCUGUUUCUCAUCAUUGGAACCUGCUCUCUGUUCUUCGCCUUUGAGUGCCCGUACCUGGCAGUGCACCUGUCUCCUGCCAUCCCUGUGUUUGCAGUGUUGCUCUUCGUCUUUGUCGUGGCCAUGCUGCUCCGAACCAGCUUCAGUGACCCAGGGGUGCUGCCACGGGCUCUGCCGGAGGAGGCCAACUUCAUUGAGAUGGAGAUCGAAGCGGCCAAUGGGAAUGUCAUGGCUGGACAGCGGCCUCCGCCCCGCAUCAAGAACGUGCAAAUUAACAACCAGAUCGUCAAGCUGAAGUACUGCUACACCUGCAAGAUCUUCAGACCCCCACGUGCUUCCCAUUGCAGUAUCUGCGACAACUGUGUGGACCGGUUUGACCAUCACUGUCCCUGGGUCGGAAACUGCGUAGGAAAGAGGAAUUACAGAUACUUCUACUUGUUCACACUCUCGCUGUCUCUACUUACCAUCUACAUCUUCGCCUUCGACAUCGUCCAUGUGGUUCUCCGUUCAGUGGACUCCGGGUUUCUGAGUACCAUUAAAGAAACUCCCGGAACUGUGUUGGAGGUUCUGGUGUGUUUUUUCACGCUCUGGUCUGUGGUGGGAUUGACUGGUUUCCACACCUACUUGAUCUCCCUCAACCAGACCACCAAUGAGGACAUCAAAGGCUCGUGGUCUGGAAAGAACCGUGUGCAGAACCCUUAUAGCCAUAAGAACAUCAUCAAGAACUGCUGUGAGGUUCUGUGUGGCCCUAAUUACCCCAGUGUGUUGGACAGAAGAGGGCUGAUGCUGGAAGACUCGACUAGCCCCGCCCCCCCUGCUGCGUCUGCUGCUUCCACCCAUAAGAGCAGCAACCCUGUUUCACAAACCACAAAAUCCUCAGCUCCCCUGAUUCUCAAUGAACAUACCCCCGAUGAAGCCAAGCCCAGCAUUGGUGCAGGCCCCCAGAAGAGCACCAGCUCCCCUAAAGAAGAGAAACCCCCCUCGCCAACAUCCCCUAAUGCUGUCGCCCCUGCAGUCAUCAAAGAGUCGGCCCACUAGCUUUGAAAGCCUUCUUCUCCAGACUUCUCUCAACCCUCUGAACGUGCUCGCUCACAGGAACACACACAGAAAAACUCAUGACUCGUUCAGAGCAGUGGUCUGUGCUUUCUGAUACUCUUUCACAGAACGGGACCCCUUCUGCCUGGAUCCUGCGCUAGCACACGAGACGAGAUCUGGAGGUCUUGAGACUCUCCUCUCUGAAUCACAGCAUGAUGAAACUCACAAUGAGGGAAAUGGGAAGCCACAGACUGAAUGGAAUGAGAAUGGACUACCCUGAAGCGUAAUGAGGACAUUAUUUCCCUCGUAAAAUGUUUGGUUGUUUUUUCAGUGUCAUUACCCGUUUCUGUAUAGCCUGCCUCCAUUAUUCCUAACCAUUUGUGUGCCCUGUAAAACCCAUUACUAGCUUCUAUUGUAGUUGUGCAAAAUGCCCUUUGGAUUAGACUUCUUUGUUUUCAAAGUGUUAUCAGCAAAAGUGCUUUAGCCAUAAACGUACAUUUGAGGCCCAACAAAUCUGCUUUAUUUUGAUGACGGGGCCAUUUGGAUCAGCUUAGUAAGUCAGUCAGUUAUAAAUGUGAUUCAACUCCAUGUCAAAACAGAAAGUUAAGCUCCGACUUGAUUUUACAAUCAUCCUGGAUGGUAGAAAGCAGAGGUGGUAAGAUGUUUGUGUCAGUGGGUACAGGCCGAUCUGCAUCAGUAAGUGUGUGAGAGUGCCUUAUCUAUGCUCUACCAUUACAUCUACAGAGGACUCCAUAAUGCCCUAAAUCUACUUAUACCUGUAAUCAAUCAACUUCAUUUUUAGACAAAGCUAACGAUCCGUCAGAAUGCAAAAAAAGCCAUGGAGUAAAUGUAUAUAAUGUAAAAAUGUCUAAGAAGCUGCAAAUUCCUUCUAAGAACUGGAAAACAUGCCUGAUUUAUGACUAUUAUUUUGAGCUCAUCUUAUUUAACAAGGUUUUUCCACAUCCGCCCGACAUAUGAGCAACCUUUCCUUUUUUCCUUUUCACUAAGAGACAGAUAUUACUACUCCAGGCCAAAGUAAAUGAAAGAAAGUUGAAUUUAAAUCUGAAAGUGAACUUUGCUGAGUCUAGGCAUGGAAACGUCCAGUUGACCAAGUCUCCUUCAGUGUCAUUUAAGCAUGCUUUUGGAUUGAAUUAAGAAAUUGUGCUCGUUUUUCUUUUUCCACUUUCUUUUCACAGUGUUUAAGGUAGCAGAGCUUGCCCCAGUGUAUCAGCGAAUGCGUAUUGUAGUCACCUUUACUGAUUUCACUGUAGUAUGUUGAAGGUCAGUUGUAAGGGAACACUUUAUGGACAGACCUACAGACAUCAGGGACCUAUGGACUGUAUAUUUUUACAUGAAUUCUCAUAGCCAGCCACACAUUUGUUUCAGGGGAGUAUUAUGUGGAAAGUUUAGAAGUGAACUAAGAAAUCUGUUUGAUUUAUUUGGAACAGCCAGCUUUAUAAUGUUGCCAGUUCAGUGCCAACUCACAGCAGUAUAUAAGCUGGAACGGUUAUGAGAGUGAUUCGUUUGCUUCUUGUUUCCUUUACUGAUGUUGAAGAAUGUGUUGAGGGUAAAAGUCCUUUAUUGCAGGAAACGUAGUUCUUCAGAAACCAACAGAAUGUGCUUCUAUCAGAUUUUUAAUUUAUAGCAGAUGGGGUUUUUUGUGAGUACUAUGGUGGGAACGUGUGUGUGUGUGUAUGCAAGAUGUGAAUAUUCAUUUGCUAGGACGAAGGUAAAUGGUAAUGUGCUUAAAACUGCGCUGAAUGAAUCCCACUUUUUUUAAGUCAUGUAAUGUGUCAUAAUAUACUAAUUUAGUAAAUAAAGCCAAGUCUUUAAUGCCAAGUCAGUGUAAUGUAUAAGUUUGGAAUAUUAGCAAAAGAUGGUCCGCUCUAGAUAUUUGGAUAGGAUGCAUAACAUACACAUUAUACAUCAUCACGAAUUGAGUUCUGUUCACUUUGCUUGGUAAUAACACUGUGAUCAUGUAUAUCCUCAUACUCUUCACUUUCUACUUAUGAAUUUGUGUGUAUGUGUUCAUUAAAUUAUAUGGUAUUAUUAC